AUGCCCACUGGAAUAGCGUUGCUGGGGGCUGGUGUCUUUGCAAAGAGAGAACAUUUGCCGGCCAUCAAAUCAUGUCCAUUGUUGAGAUUGAAGGCCGUUUACUCAAGAUCCCAGGCCUCAGCAGAGAGCCUAGUGGCUGCAGCUGGCGAGGACGUCGACAGUUACUUUGACUCGCCGACUAAGCCAUCCCAGUCACUUGAUGAUCUAUUUCGACGUGAUGAUAUUGCUGGCGUAGUCAUCGCUGUGGCUAUUCCCGCCACGCCCGACCUCAUCAAGCGAGCACUGGCCGCGGGAAAGCAUGUACUGAGCGAAAAGCCCAUUGCUCCAGACGUCAAGACUGCCCGCGAGUUAAUCGACUAUCACCAUCGGCAGACCAGCAAGCUCCAGUGGGCCAUUGGCGAGAAUUUCCGAUUCUGGGAAUCUGUCGAUAAGGCCGCGAGUAUCCUCAAGAACAUGCACGGAAGCCUGGUCACCCUCUCGGUCACUGCUUAUACGUUCACCGACGCCGAAACCCCCUUUUAUCAUUCAGAUUGGCGCCAGAAACCCGAACACCAGGGGGGCUAUUUGCUGGACGGCGGCGUUCAUUUCGUUGCAGUUCUCCGAACUUUGCUUGCUGCAGUCGGGGACACUGUAAAUUGCGUAGCUGCAUACACCACGUCUUUGCAGGAGCAUCUUCCUCCGGUCGACACUGUCCAUGCCAUCUUAAGAACCAGCAAUGGACGCAGUGGCACGUACACAUCGUCUGUCGGAAUCGAAGCCAAGCGUAUGAUGGAGUUCGAGAUCGUGACCGACAAAGGCUCCGUCAUAUAUCGCCCAUUCCAGACGGAGAUCAUCACUAGGCAAAAGCUGGAAGGAAAGUGGGAAGAGCAAUCGGAGCCGGCGCCGUUAAUGUGGGGUGUGAAGGAAGAGGUCGCUGCGUUCGCAGAGGGUAUUUCUAGGGGGGAAAUGGAUUCGAGGCUGUCGCCCUCCGAGGCUCUUGAAGACGUGAGGAUCGUGGAAGCCAUGCUGAGAUCUGGUGGUGCACAAGGGCUGCCUGUGGAUGUUGCUACAGACACCGCGUAG